GAACCAGUCAGGUUACGCCUGCAACCAUUCUGACCAAUCAGGAUCGGAUCAUCAGUAUAAAGCCUGGUUCGGCAUCAAUUCUCCAGUUGCUCGUUUCUGCAGCAUAAGUUCUCUAGUUAUGGCUCGUACGAAGCAGACGGCUCGCAAGUCCACCGGCGGUAAGGCGCCCCGCAAGCAGCUGGCCACCAAGGCGGCUCGCAAGAGCGCGCCGGCCACGGGCGGCGUGAAGAAGCCCCACCGCUACCGGCCCGGCACGGUGGCCCUGCGCGAGAUCCGCCGCUACCAGAAGUCCACCGAGCUGCUGAUCCGCAAGCUGCCCUUCCAGCGCCUGGUGCGCGAGAUCGCGCAGGACUUCAAGACCGACCUGCGCUUCCAGAGCUCGGCCGUGAUGGCGCUGCAGGAGGCGUGCGAGGCCUACCUGGUGGGGCUCUUCGAGGAUACCAACCUGUGCGCCAUCCACGCCAAGCGCGUCACCAUCAUGCCCAAGGACAUCCAGCUCGCGCGCCGCAUCCGCGGGGAGAGGGCGUAAACUUUUAUUUAAACCUUAAACCCAAAGGCUCUUUUCAGAGCCACUACAUUUUCUAUGAAAGAUUGCUGUGUACUUAUGGU